GCUCCAUCUGAGCUAUACCAGUCAGGUACAGGCGUUUGUAUUCAGAGCAAAAUGUUCUCCAAAAUCGUAGCCUUGUGCGGUUUGGUGGCGGUGUGCCAGGCUGGUCUCCUGCACCAUGCCCCAGCGGUGUCGCACCAGAAUAUUGUGCACCACGAACAACACCACGAGACCCCGGUGCACUUCGUCCAUGCCGCUCCUGCUUACCACGCCGCUCCCGCCAUCCAUGCUGCCCCGAUUCAUGCCAUCUAUGAAGCCCACGCUGUCCAUGCCGCCCCCACUCAUGCCGUCCACGCCGCUCCUGCUCACCACGAGGAGGAACACUAUGUUGAUGAAUACGCUCAUCCUAAAUACGGAUACUCGUAUUCCGUUGAGGAUCCCCACACCGGCGACCACAAAUCCCAGCACGAAACCCGUGAUGGUGACGUCGUGAAGGGCGAGUACUCUCUGCUGCAGCCCGAUGGCUCCUUCCGCAAGGUCACCUACACCGCCGACCACCACAACGGAUUCAACGCUGUGGUACACAACACCCCACCGGUCAUCCAUCAUCAUUAAGAAGGCCCGUUUACCCAAUCUGUGAUAUUAGAGUUAAUGUGUUCUAGUUUUGUCACUAAGUCCAGUCCCUAAGUCUUCCAUGUGUUCUCAUUUCCAUUAGUGCGUAUCAUAUU